UUAAAACAAAGAAGAGAAGAAGAAGAAGAAGAGACAGAGGGAAAUGGCGGACAAACCAAGCCGAGCACUGGUGUUGUACGGGGAUGGGUUGGCGCGUUUCAUCGACCCAUCUCACAAUCAUCUCCACUCUCUCGCGUCCAAAGCUUCCUGUGGCUUCUUGUCCCUACCCAAUGCCCCUCCCUCUGAUUGCAGAAAGUGAGGAUGAGAGAGUAGUUAGGGAGUUUGCAGUACUGCUGGAUGCUUGUGAAGCUCAUCUCGACAAGAGUGGCAAUACCGCUAAAAUGCCAACCAUAGAUGAGAGGUUCAUGGGUAUGAAAGCUGCUAUAAUCACAAACAACCCAAGUUUGAAAUCUUUUGGUGCCAAAAUUGGCUGUUCUGUGUUGGAAUUUGAUGACUUAAUGAAAAAUCUACCUUGCCUUGCGGAACUACCAGCUGAUGUUGUGGCCUCUAAGUUGCUAAAUUUGCUUGGGUUUAAAGAAGGGAAGACACUAGAGAUAAGCGAGUAUGAUUUAAUUUUUGUGCACAUUGGGGAUGGUGAAAAGGUAAAUGGUGAGAGAAACAAAGCUGUUGCCGAUGACACGGUGUAUGUCAAUGCCUUGGUUGGUGGUAUAGUGCAGAUAGCCCAACCUGGAUCUGAAAUCAGUUCUCGUUUGCAUUUGUCCCUCGUGAUGAGUUAUGGCAAUGUCCCAGAGGACAAUGAUCCCAAAUUGUCAGUUUUGAUUAAUAAAGAUGAGAAGAACUCUGAUCUUUCGGUGCUCUUCCCUCGUCAAAGUUACACUGUGAGAGGAGAGAAUCCGCGGAAAGAUGUUAGGCACCAUUGCCCAAUGUUGAUUGCUCAAUGGCAGUAUGGUGUAACCCGCAAGGAUAUGGCAGAGGCAUUUUCCUUCAAAGAUUUUAAGGAGCAUGGUGGAGUUCUUGUGAUACCAGCAGAUAGGUUUCUGCAUGAGGUUGCCUUUAAGCUUUGGAAGGCCCCCAAGUAUGGAGCAUGAGAUAUAUUUAUCAACUGUCCAGUAAUGUGGGACAAUGCUUAUAUUUUAAACAUAAGCAUCGAAGAUGAAAAAGAAUGAUAGAGCCGUCCUGUCUUGAUCCUCAAAUGCUAUUAAAUCUCUAUGUGAUUUUUGUCAAAUCAGGCACUGCUUAUAAUAGAACUGUUUUGCUUGUUACCUUGGUAUUGGGACAUGUUAUUCCAUUUAGAAUUGCAAGACCUAUAAUUCUCAAAAUGAGAACGGCCUGGAUCUGCCACGUAUGCUUUUGAAGCCACUCCUCAAGGUGGUGGUCUUACCCAUCUCCUCCUAAAUGGUGUAUCGGUCGUGGCGGAGGGUGGCUAACCACCCUUUCACCCCGAAGGGAGUGGUUGGUCACUUUGUUCGGAGUGGUCAAAUCACCUCAACUAUAUCGCUGCGUUGGUUGACCACUUCUCAAUGACAGAGGGGGUUGUUGGACCAUCUCAAUCAACUUCUUGGAAUGGCUAACCAUCUCAAAGGUGAUUUGAACACCCUUUUACCUAGUUUACUUUUUAUUAUUUUGUUUUCUUUAAUGUCAUGUGGCAAGAUUGGUUGUUCA